GUUCAAGUGAGAAAUAGAGUAAAGGAAGGGAAGUGCACAGGCACAGACACUGGCAGCCACCAGGAGUGCAAGAUUCUGUGGCAGCAGGAGGCUGGAAGAAAAGUCAGAAGUGGCUCUGACUACAAUGGGGAUCUUACUGGGUCUGCUGCUGCUGGGUCACCUAACAGUGGUCAUCUAUGGCCAUCCCAUCCUGGAAGCUCCAGAGAGUGUGACAGGGCCAUGGAAAGGAGAUGUGAAUAUUCCCUGCACCUAUACCCCCCUGCAAGGCUACACCCAAAUCUUGAUGAAGUGGCUAGUACAACGUGGCUCAGAUCCAGUCACCAUCUUCCUGCGUGACUCCUCUGGAGACCACAUCCAACAAGCAAAGUAUCGUGGCCGCCUGCACGUGAACCAAGAGGUUCCAGGAAAUGUGUCCCUCCAACUGAAUAUCCUGGAGAUGGAUGAUCGGAGUCACUACAUGUGUGAAGUCAGGUGGAAGACCCCUGAUGGCCACCAAGUGGUGAAAGAUAAGACCAUUGAGCUCCGAGUCCAGAAACUUUCUGUCUCCAAGCCCACAGUGACAACUGGCAGCAGUUAUGGCUUCACGGUGCCCCAGGGAAUGAGGAUUAGCCUUCAAUGCCAGGCUUGGGGUUCGCCCCCCAUCAGUUAUGUUUGGUACAAGGAACAAGCUAAUAACCAGGAACCCAUCAAAGUAGCAGUCCUGAGUACCUUACUCUUCAAGCCUGCAAUGGUAGCUGACUCGGGCUCCUAUUUCUGUACUGCCAAGGGCCGGGUUGGCUCCGAGCAGCGCAGCGACGUUGUGAAGUUUGUGGUCAAAGAUUCCUCUAAGCCACCCAAGAUCACGACUGAGGCACCUACCAAAAUUGAGACACAUAUAACCACGCAAUUGCCCUUGGAAGUGACGUCUAUGAUGAACCCAUCCUGGAACUGGACCACUGAAGUGGAUGGGUACCGUGGGGAAACCAUUACUGGGCCAGGAAAGGGCCUGCCCAUCUUUGCCAUCAUUCUCAUCAUUUCCUUGUGCUGUAUGGUGGUUUUCACCAUGUCUUAUAUCAUGCUCUGCCGAAAGACAUCCCAACAAGAGCAUGUCUAUGAAGUGGCCAGGUUGGCCCAGCCGGAGCACAGCUGACCAUUGGCUACCAUUUACGUCUCUGUCAUCUUGCCAGCUCCACUUGGAUGACUCUUCACAAAUUAACUGAAAACCUUAAGAAGAAGGAGUAUUUCUUCUGUCUCCAGGCACUAAGCAUGAAGAAAUGAAGGGCUCCACUUCUUUACAAAGUAUAUGCACCACCAUCAAGGAUUUCUACCUCUUUGAAUCAGAAAUUCUUUUUGGUUUGAAGUUGCGUUCUUCCUAGAUUAUCUUCUCUAACUCCUAGCCCCUUCUAGAGGUUAGGGGUAAGAACACAUCUUCCUACUCAAACAGAAAUGGUAUGUGUGUGUGUGCACACAUUCAUGUGCCUUUAAAUCAUGCUCCCCUGUAAGGAUCUAUUCUGGAUGAGAUUUACACUGCUUCCUUCCCCCCAUGUUAUUCAUGACCAAAUCAACUUCCUCACUCUUCUUGUAAGCCUCCAUUUUGCAUUUCUGGUUCCCAUAAACUUCAGUGCCAGCAUAGAUUCCACUAGGAACUGCUCCCCUUUGGAGAUGGUUACAGAAGUAAAAGUAGUACACAAAAGUGAACAAGGACGAGACAUAUUUUACCACCACCCAUUCUGCAAAGACCAUGGUCAAAACGUUGGUGGUUUUCUCAUCCCACACACUAGAUAGUUGGUGAAAGGAGCAACUUCUUCUUCCCCCAUUGUUCUUACAAACCUCUGCAACAGAGCCCCCACCCAGCAGAAACCUCAGCUUCUUUCGUGAAACAGCUCUGUGUUCACAAUACAAGCCUUUGAAAAUGCCCAUUAUCGGCCGGCGCCGCGGCUCACUAGGCUAAUCCUCCGCCUAGCGGCGCCGGCACACCGGGUUCUAGUCCCAGUUGGGGCGCCGGAUUCUGUCCCGGUUGCCCCUCUUCCAGGCCAGCCCUCUGCUGUGGCCAGGGAGUGCAGUGGAGGAUGGCCCAGGUGCUUGGGCCCUGCACCCCAUGGGAGACCAGGAAAAGCACCUGGCUCCUGGCUCCUGCCAUCGGAUCAGCGCGGUGCGCCGGCCGCAGCGCGCCGGCCGCGGUGGCCAUUGGAGGGUGAACCAACGGCAAAGGAAGACCUUUCUCUCUGUCUCUCUCUCUCACUGUCCACUCUGCCUGUCAAAAAAUAAAAAAUAAAAAAAUAAAAUAAAAAAUAAAAAAAAAGAAAA